AUGAGUUUUUAUACAGUAGUUGCAACGUUUCUAUCAGUGGUCCUAGCGUCCGCAGUGUUUUGGGUACUAGCUCCUAAGGAGAAUCAAACUGUGUGGCGGAGUACUAUCAUACUUUCUAUGUCUAUGAUGUUCCUCAUGUGGGCGGUAACAUACCUAUCGCAACUACACCCGCUGGUGGUGCCCCGCCGUUCUGACCUGCGGCCAGAAUUUGCCGAGUGA